GCUGUACAGAGUAUAUACGGCAAUCAGUAAGUGGGACACGCUGCGUACCUGGCGCAGACGACAGAUACCGCUCGGACAAGGAGGUCGUGCAACACUCGCGGGACGUCGGAGGAUUGCUUCUUUAUUCAUACCUCAAAAUGAAAUACGUUUUGGCACUACUGUGUUUAGUGGCCACCUUGACCACGGUCCGCGGGGUGUCGCAGUGUAUCAAGGCAAAGGAUUGUAAUGAUGUGUUCUCCAGAGAAGUUUCACGAAAAGGAAUUGACGAGGGAAUGUUCUGCUGGUUCCUCCGACAAAAGAUAGACUGUCUGGUGAACGUCAAGGGAUCAUGUACUUCAGACCAGAAAGAGUGGGUCCAGAAUGACAUCGACACUGCCGAGGGCAAAUACCCCAAGUGUGAUUCGGCGUCAUUUGUGAAAAGUUCCCUCAUCACCAGCAUCUUGCUUGUCCUGCUCGCUGUCUUCAUCCGGCCGUAGAAACAUACUGCAUGUUCAUUCCUGCCAGUUUAUUUAAAAUCCGCUAUGCAAUCUUCAUGGACUUUGAUAGUAUAUGUAGAUAACCCUCAAACCUACUAAUACCAUUUCAGAACAAUCACCGAACCGCGACAGGCAGACGUAUAAAAGACGAAAUUUCACUUCUGGUCCAACUGCGAAAUCGGCUCCACCGCAAAAGGUGGUACAAUGUUUACCAUUACCAUUCUCAAGGUACCAACCGCUGAUGACAUCAACAGUAAUUCAGUGGCGGCAGAUGGGCCCGCUUUCAGAUCAACAGCCUCACGGCGCAUCUGUCGAAUGUGAACUUGGUCACAUACUGUCUGGUACAAAUACAGGAUAAAGUUUAGUAAAAGGAUAUAUCAAGGCUCCAAUACAAUCUGUGAGCUAUAGGCGAUUUUUGGCUUCACAGAAACAGAUAAUAUUAACAUAGUGUUGAUUUCAGCAUAAAUAUGUGUUAAUCCGAACUAAGGACCAUUGGAACUAUUGUUGAAAACCCAACAGGUGCUUUGCUUCUCGUAUGUUGCGAUCAUAAUCAUAAUGAAUAUGUCAUAGUUAUAUCAUGUAAUCAGGAGAGCACUUUAAUCAUGUGAGUUGGUGAGCGAGUGAGUUGGUCAUGGCUGCCUGCCGACUGAGUUUUUCUACUUGAUUAUCACCGAAUGAACAAGAGGACUCGUGACAAAGUAAACAACCAUGUACGCAUGUCAUCAAAUACUCGACAUGCUCCUGUGUCGCCCACCAUGCCUUGAAUCGCCCUGCAUUCUCGUGUAUAGUCCAGCGUUCCCGUGUGUACCACAGCAUUCUCUCGAGUGGUCACAAUUUAGUCCACUAUCUCCCCCACCACGUGUGGUCAACACAGCACUAUCUUGGUAUAAUUGUAUAAUUUCGUAUACUGCUGAAAUGAGAAUGAUGUUAAUGAAGUAAUGAAUUUGUUCAAAGCUUGAAAUAGGGAUGAGGCCCUAUCAUUUGUUUCUGUUCCUGCAGCACAAAGAAAGUGAAAUCAAACUAUAACACUGAUGGGAUAUUUCUUUCAUUAUUGUAAAUAUGUCAUUUUAUCGUCCCGUCCGUAAAAUAUAACGAUUAACGACUAAGGUAUAUCCGUCGGCUCUCUACUGAACCCCAUUGACGUUGUGUGCGGGGCUGGACAGGCGCUGAUGUACGGACCUAUGAUGUAGUCACACAGUGUUUCCUGUCCAGAAAUACAACUGAACUGCACCUUUUGCGACAGUUGAGUCACGGUUGUUUAUUGCAGAUUAUUUCUGUUAUGUUUUGCGAUUUGUAUAAUUUUAUAUGAAGUGUCAAAUGGUAAUAAAAUGAUUAACUCACGGAAA